AUGAACCCAACCCCAGCUCUCUCCAUGCCCAUUCACUUCUCUCUAUGGCACCGCGCCGACUCCCAUUCCGGCUCGACUCUCCCAAUCACCAAUCGAGAGCAAGGUCGGAAAGUAAACAAGGCUAACAUUGGUGCCCCAGUCUUGCUUUCGCUGCCGCGGCGAUUCGAAAUCUACGCGGGCGACAACACAAUGACUCCUGCUAUCAACAGGUCGGGCAGCUUGGGCACAAACUCCAGUCGUGGCACGAUCCGUCCAUGUCUGCCGAUUCGAGACAAGGAUUCGCCCUACCCAUUGAUUCGGUCUUAUUCCCUUCCAACACCGUCUCCUUCUCCUGUGUCAGACGAAUCCGACAUAGCUCUUCCACCACCGGCUGCCCGAGCCAACUCCCAUUCACCACUCCAUAUUGACGUUCGACGGCCUCUGUCCCCAAUCCAAGAGCAAAGCUAUGUCUCUCCGGUUAGUGCUUUUGCAGACAGUGAAAUAUCCACACUGGAUCUAGCUGGUCCUGUUGUGAAGUCGCCAACGAAAUCGCAACGUAUACCAACUCCACUAGCAACAGAGCCGCCCAUUAUACCGCCGCUCAACUUUGCACCAUACUUCCCUGGACCCCAUCCCAGUCAGGAUAUUGUUGGACCUCCUCGUCGACCACCCAAAGCUUACACUCCACCGACUCGGAACUCAGUACACAGUGCGGCUGGAAGCAGUAAUGGCUCCCUGCACGCAGACAGCUUCGUUACUGCGAAAUCAGUUCGCUUUGAACCAAACGGCGAGGAAGACUACCCUGAGAUCGAAGAUCUCCCAGACGAUGUUGAGGCUCGUCCGGCAACCGCCGGCCCGGCCAGCAUCUCCAACAAGACUCCAUUUUCACCUCAUCUCACUGCGUCGGUUGUGGCCCUACAAUCACAACCUCUCGAUAGACAUGGGACAUUUGGCUCCGCCACCUCCACCACCGUUGGGAGCAGUCUGCGUCGAAAGCGCCAGCGAUUCAAUUUUGCGACACCAGCAUUCUGCAUGUUCUGGUUGGGUUUCCUCUUCCCUCCGUGUUGGUGGGUCGGCGGGUGGUAUUUUACCUUCUUCGCUGAGACCCCGGCGACGCGGACGUUGUGGGAGCACUACGUGCGGAACACCCGCUGGUGGGCGAUAUUAACAUGUGGACUCGGCGUGUCACCUUGGGAUCGAGAUCAUACUGUCGCGAACGCUGCAGCCUUGCGACCCGCGAAACGGUUGCCGAGACCAAAGACAUUGCUUCUUCCUCGUUGGGUCCGCAACCCAACCCAACUCGCAGCCCUGGAUGGGAUUGCUUAUUACUACCCAUUCGUCUCCCGCCCACCCGGGUAUGUCUCCACUGGGCCAACACCCAAGCCGUUUGGCUUGUUACACCGUUACUUCGACGACGUAACACGGUCUAAGCUGCAGGCCGUAAAAGUCGCACAGGAGACGCCGAGGAUGAUGAUUGACCCAUGGAUUGGGAGAUGUCGCAGGGCAUUGUGUUAUUGGAUCUUACUUGUUGCGCUUGUUGCUCUGGGCAUGAUGGGCUGGAGUUUUGCGGUGGGGGCAGGCAAGGCGAAGUAUUAA